AGAAACACAUUGGACAUAGAGGGAAAUACACAGUUGGAGGUCAUACUUGGAAAGAAUUUUGAAUGUAAUUGGUUUAAUCCUGAAGACUAUCUUAGAUCAUUUUUGCAUGGACAAAUUUGUGAACUAAUUUUAGGACUAGAAGAUCACAAGCUUUUAUUUUGAAAUAUUUUGUGUUUAUAUUUUCAUUUUUGCAUUAAUUUUUUUUGCAUUUUUCUUUCAAGUUAAAACGACAAUUAGAACAUGUGGAUAUUGUUUUAAUUUUCUUUUUUUUUCUUUUUUUUUUCUUUUUUUGAGAAUUACUUAAUUUUUCAGAAGUUAGAGGAUUUCAAGAUUUCACUUUUGAAUUUUUUUUUUUGCCAAAUCUCUUGACACCUGUGUUUUGAGCAUCUGUGAAUACAUUUGAGACUACAUUCAUGACAUUUUUCAUUUUCAAAUCCUGUGUCACUCAUCUGUAACUGUACCUCUGGACCUAUAGCAUAUUAGCUUGUGUAUUUUUGCAUGUUCGUAAUACUUGAGCUGCUGCCUUGAGUCAUGGAACUAGACCGUUUAGGAGGUGGAGGGGUCAAACCAGAGCGGGGUGUACCGAGGCUGUACCGGGUUGCUUUGGCCAUGUGCGUGUGCGUCUGCGCGGCUCUGCUCCUCGCACUCAUCAUUGUCUCCAGUCAAAAGUCCACUCAGGAGGAGUUCUGUCUGACCCCAGAAUGCAUCGAAGCAGCUGGAUCCAUCCUGAGUAAACUGGACCGCUCGGUGGACCCCUGUGAGGACUUCUACUCGUACUCGUGUGGGGGCUGGUUAAAGGAGAACCCCAUCCCAGAAGACUCCUCCUCCUACGGGAUCUACCCCUGGCUCCGGCAGCAUGUCGACAUCAGACUCAAAGAGCUGCUGCAGACUCCACCAAACGCAGACGAGCUGGAGGCAGUGAAAAAGGCCAAAAUGCUCUAUCGCUCCUGUCUGAACGAAAGUGUCUUGGAGGACCUGGACUCAAAGCCCAUGCUGAAGACCCUGAGGCAGCCUGAGUUCCGGUGGCCGGUGGUGGGGGAGGGGCUGGGGCCGCCGUACGAGUGGUCCCAGAGCGAGUGGAGCCUCCUCAACACUUUGGCCCAGAUGAGAAACCAACACAGCAAGAGCGUCCUCAUACGCCUCUAUGUUUCCCCCGACGACAAGAACUCACUGCAUUACAUCAUCAAGCUGGACCAGGCAUCUCUGUCUCUGCCCUCCAGGGAAGACUACACCACCAACAGCUCAGCGGCCAAAGCUUACCGAGCGGCUCUGUUGAGUCUGAUGGUGGACACGGCUGUGAUGCUUGGAGCUCCUCAGAAAUCAGCUCAGACGCAGAUGGAGAAAGCACUAGCCUUCGAAACCAAAGUGGCCCAUAUUCUAAUUCCUUAUGAAAACCGGACCAGUGAAUCCAUGUACAACAAAUACACAAUCUCUCAGCUACAGAAGACUAUUCCACAGUUUGACUGGUUGGGUUUUGUGCGAGCUGUGCUGGAGGCUUCGGGACACUACACAGUCUCCUCCUCAGAGCAGGUCAUUGUCCGAGCGCCACAAUAUUUCAAAGAGCUCUUCAAACUCAUCGAAGCCACGGAUCCCAGGACUGUGGCCAAUUACGUUCAGUGGAGGACAGUGUUCUCCAGAGUCACCACUCUGAGCCGACGGUUUCUCUACAGAUACUUGGACUAUGCGAGGGUUACCACGGGAACGACCUCCCUGACCCCUCGCUGGGAUAAGUGUGUUAACUAUGUGGAGAACUCACUUGUUUAUGCCACUGGGCGCCUUUUCGUCAGCGCACACUUCCAGGAGGAUAAGAAACACAUGAUGGAGGAGUUGAUUGACGGAAUCCGCUGGGCUUUUAUCGACAUGCUGGAAAAAGAAAAUGACUGGAUGGACAAUCCGACAAAGCAGAGAGCCAUAGAAAAGGCUCAUGCGGUGCUGCCUAAAGUCGGAUAUCCAGAGUUUAUCCUCAAUGACACCUACCUCAAUGAAGAUCUGAAAGAGUUACAGUUUACUGAAAACGACUACUAUGGGAAUGUCAUGCAGACGCUCAAGUUUAUCGCUCGCUCCGACCUCGCCUGGCUCGGAAAGACGGUCCCACGGACAGAAUGGUUCACCAACCCCACAACCGUGAACGCCUUCUACAGCUCUUCCACAAAUCAAAUCAGAUUCCCUGCCGGAGAGUUACAAAAGCCAUUUUUCUGGGGAAAGGAGUAUCCGAGAUCGUUAAGUUAUGGAGCAAUUGGAGUUAUAGUCGGCCAUGAGCUAACACACGGCUUUGACAAUAACGGCCGAAAGUAUGACAAAAAUGGGAACCUUGAUCUCUGGUGGAGCAACUCUUCUAUAAAUGCCUUCAAUGAGAAAACUCAGUGUAUGAUCGACCAAUACAAUGACUACCACUGGGAGGAGGCGGGACUUCACGUCCGUGGUAAAAGAACUCUGGCAGAAAAUAUUGCAGAUAAUGGAGGAAUAAGGGAAGCUUUCAGGGCAUACCGGCGCUGGGUGGAGCAGAGCAGAGGAGGGGUGGAGGAGCCUCUUCUUCCUGGAGUGGGACUUACCAAUGACCAGCUGUUCUUCCUCAGCUACGCCCAUGUGAGGUGUAACGCCUACAGAACAGAAGCAGCUAGAGACCAGAUCCAGAGUGGAGCCCACAGUCCUCCUAAAUACAGGGUGAUUGGAGCUAUGAGCAACUACGAGGAGUUCAGUAAGGCCUUCAGCUGUCCGCAGUCCUCUGUGAUGAACCGGGGGGCGCAGUCCUGUCGCGUGUGGUGACCUUUGACCCUUGACCCUUCACCUCAGCUGCAGUGGUCACAGUUAGAUGUUUACAGAAGACGGAGCCCCACUGUCCUCCCAGAACAUUCAGAUCCGAACGCACAAACCAUUCUUGGAGAGAGGAGACUAAGGACUAGAGACAUAUUUUAUUAUUUUGUUUACUGUAUAGCAACAAAUGACUUUCUAUGAGUUUUUAUAAUUUAUGUUUUAAAAUAAUAUUGUAAAGAUAUAGUAUUAUAAAUAUACAUGUUAAUGUAUUAUAAGUAUAAGUAUGGUUCAAAUAUGCAAAGAGAACUCUAUGCAACUGUUUAAGUACAUAACGUACCAUUGUUUAAGUGUUAGACUUUCUGUGACAUAAACAGACAGAUUAAAAAAAACAAAACUAACUUUUAUAUAUAGGUAGUGGCAGAAUGUAACGAAGUACAAGUAAUAAAGUACUGUACUUAAGUAAAACUUUUGGAUAUCUGUACUGUACUCAAGUACAUUUUGAAGUGGAUACUUUUCACUUUUAUUUCAUUACAUUUGAGAGCAGUAUCUGUACUUUAUACUCCACUACAUUUUUGAACUGGACUGAAAAGAAAAAAGUAUUUUUCUUUAUGAGAAAUGAGACUGAGACCUGCUCAAAUGGCAGACACUUAUUUUUUAUCACAUUUAAUUUGAGUUAACAUCCCAACUUUGACCAAACCAAAUACACAAAAGUAGAUAGAAAAAAUAAGAAAUUGAUUAAAUCACUUAAAAUCAGCUACAUUAUUUAUCAAGAUCACUACACUUGAUGCUUUAAUAGUAAAAGAAAACUUUUACUUUUUACUCUUAUAGUACAUUUUUAAACAGGUACUUAAAUACUUUUAUUAGAUUUGACAUAGAAAAUAAUCUUGUGCCUCUGUAUCUGUACUUUUACUUAAGUAACAAAAUACUACUUCAUUUACCACUGCAGAUAGGUUUACCAUUUUGGGGUAUAAAUUGAAUUAAAAUGACACAUUUUUACUUAUCUGGAAUUCUAUCAUUUUAGUUCUUAUUACCUGAACAACCACAAAUAUUGACUAUCCAAAUAAUCUUGAGCUUCCUUUUCCUUGUGAAUAUCUGAUCUGUAGCCAACGCCACAGCACCAACAGUAGAAAACAUUUAGAGCAAUCAUGAGGGUUUCUGCCACCUUUUUGCUUUUUAAAAUCUACACACAUAAAACAUUGUAUUUAAUUCUAUAUAAAAUUCCUAGUUGUGUAGUGAUAAUAGUACUCCCUUAUUGUAUGCAGUAAUGUCCAUAUUGAAUGUUCAUAUUGCUGUCAGUCCUUUAAAGUUACUAAAUUAAACCUAUACAUGAUUUUUCUUUUCAGUUCACAUAUUAAAUUGCAUGGAUGUAUUUGGGAUCAGUCACCUCAGAUGGAGUCACUGUCGCUGAGAACUGAGAGAACUGACCGUCCCACUUCUGUUCACUCUCUUGAUUUCUGGAGACAGACAAACAAAUAAACUCAGCAGGAUUGUGAUGGGAACAGCACACUGGGGUCAGAAAUUGGACCAGAUUUACAGACAGCACAAGUUAUUGCUUUACCUGAAAUGCCCCACUGUAUGGCAUUAAACAGGUAAGAUGAUGGGAUAUUUUGAGUAAUAAAAGUGCCUGGAAUUGAAUAAAUGCAAGAUGUUUAAUGCCAUGCUGUGGAAUAUUCCAGCCAAUGCAAUAACAUCCCCACAAAGACAAGCAAGUGGAAGACUAGUAAAGUUACAUAAUGCAUCUUUAAGAAGGCAGAUUCUCUCAGCCUAUACUAUACCACCAUCUGGUGUUCAUUGCUGUGUAUUGUCCCACAGUUUAUAAUCGUUGGAGGUGAACGUGUUUGUUCUACAGGGCAAAACAGAUCCAUUUGAAUAGAAAAUUACUGAUACUUUUUCAUAGACCUGUCACAAUGAUCACUGUAUGGACUUAUCUUUCAGUAUAUGAAAGUUGGAACUAUAUUUUGGGGUGAAUAUUCAUCGUGUGUACUUUUUCAUUGCACUACUG